UUGGUAAGCGAAAGCUUCCCGCUCCGCCCAUAGAGCCCCUCUUCUCCCAUCCAUGAUAACGGCCUUCACUUCUAUCCUGUUUGCCGGACCUAGAACCCUAACCUUUCACCGCCCAGGUGGCAUCAUCCAUGCCGAUUUCCAGCGAUUUGCUGCUGCAAUUUCCUCUAGGGUUCCGCCGGGCAAGUCCAAUUCAUCCUUGUCCUUCUCCGCCUCCUCCACCAUGGUCGCAGCCCAAGCGCCAGUCGAUAACAAGGAGAGGAAUGCUAACAAGGAGCUUAUUGAGGAGACGGUUGUGCUUCCGACUAAUGAGUCGUCGGAGAAGCUGCUCCGCAUCCGUCACACGUGUGCACAUGUAAUGGCUAUGGCAGUUCAGAAAAUAUUCCCAAAUUCCAAGGUUACAAUUGGUCCUUGGAUAGACAAUGGAUUCUAUUAUGACUUUGACAUGGAGCCUUUAACUGAUAGGGAUUUGAAGAGAAUAAAAAUGGAAAUGGAUCGGAUCAUUAAGCGCAAUCUACCUUUACUGAAAGAAGAUGUUUCCAGAGAAGAAGCUAAAAACAGAAUAUCAGCAAUCAAUGAGCCUUACAAACUGGAGAUCCUGGAAAGCAUCAAGCAAGAUUCUAUUACUAUUUAUCAUAUAGGAGAUGAGUGGUGGGACCUUUGUGCCGGCCCCCAUGUUGACUCUACUGGACAUAUUAAUGCAAAGGCAGUUGAACUUGAAUCAGUUGCUGGGGCCUAUUGGAGGGGAGAUGAAAAUAGGCAAAUGCUGCAAAGGAUAUAUGGUACAGCAUGGGAGACUGAGGAGCAGCUAAAAGCAUACCUUAAAUUUAAAGAGGAAGCGAAGCGGCGUGAUCAUAGGCGUUUGGGCCAGGAUCUUGAUCUUUUUUCUAUUCAGGCAGAUGCUGGUGGUGGCCUGGUGUUCUGGCAUCCUAAAGGUGCCAUGGUUAGGCACAUCAUUGAAGAUUCAUGGAAGAAAAUUCAUUUACAACAUGGUUAUGAACUUCUCUAUACUCCUCAUGUUGCGAAGGCAGAUCUCUGGAAAAUUAGUGGGCAUUUAGAUUUCUACAAGGAAAAUAUGUAUGAUCAGAUGAAUAUUGAAGAUGAACUCUAUCAGCUUCGGCCCAUGAAUUGUCCUUACCACAUUUUAGUUUAUAAGCAUAAGCUGCAUUCAUAUAGGGAGUUUCCGAUCAGAUUGGCAGAGUUGGGAACAGUAUACCGUUAUGAACUCUCCGGUAGCUUGCAUGGCCUCUUUCGUGUGAGAGGGUUCACCCAGGAUGAUGCACAUAUAUUUUGUUUGGAGGAACAAAUCAAAGAUGAAAUCAGGGAUGUACUUGAUUUGACAGAAGAGAUAUUGCUUCAAUUUGGCUUUAGAAAAUAUGAAAUAAACCUGUCAACUAGGCCACAGAAGUUUGUUGGCAGUGAUGAGAUAUGGGAGAAAGCAACUAAAGCACUGAGAGAUGCUUUGAGCGAUAAAGGUUGGGACUACCAAGUAGAUGAAGGUGGUGGCGCAUUUUAUGGUCCAAAGGUCGAUCUCAAAAUUGAAGAUGCACUUGGGAGAAAAUGGCAAUGUUCCACUGUUCAGGUUGAUUUUAACUUGCCUCAGCGCUUUGACAUUACUUAUGUAGAUUCCGAUGCUCAAAAAAGACGACCUAUCUUGAUCCAUAGAGCUAUUCUUGGGUCCUUGGAGCGGUUCUUUGGCGUCCUUAUUGAACAUUAUGCUGGCGAUUUUCCACUCUGGAUCUCUCCUAUCCAAGCUCGACUUUUACCUGUCACCGAUUCUGAGGUAUGAUCUAAGCAUGUAUCGUUUGGUU